AUGAAAAUGAUUUUGGAUCCCCCACCGCCUCAACCCAGCUCUCCCAUCAAGUUUCCAAUCAGCCGUGUACGAGUGCUCUCUUCUGGUUUGGUUGAACGUCUUCCAGCCUCAAAAAUCACAAAAAAUCAAAUGUCCAAAAUUCGGAAGAACAAGAAAAUUGAGAAAGAAAAUAUUUCCAACAUUCCACAAUUAAACUCAAUUAAAUUUACGGUCCCUCCUAUCUUUAGGCGAAAGCCACACAUUAUGAGUAAUUGUAACAAUGUAAAUCCAAAUUGGCCCAUUCCGAAUCCUUUCCCUUUAUUCAACAUCUAGCCUAUACUUUGUUAUCUCCCAUUAUUCAAUAUCCAACCCAUUCACUCAAUGUUCGCCGCGGGAGUGUCGCAUCCGGCGAAUUACUCAUUGAAAUAAACUUAUUAAAAUUACGAAAUUUGUUAAUCAUUGGAAUUCCUUAUUCACUUUCUCACACAUCUAUUUCAAAAUACUUUCCUGUAAAUCAAC